ACUUUCUGCAUCCUAAACGAACGAGAAGUUGAGAAUGGCGAAAAUUAGCAAGUCAAGAAGAUAUACCCUCCAAGAGGCAGUGGAAGAGUGUACUCGGCCACGUGAAAGCGACGAGUCAGAGGAGGAAAUGUCUGAGAAAGACAGUGAAAUGUCUUGCAUCGACUCCGUGGCAGAGGACAUGUUUUUACAGGGAGGAGACAUUACUCUCGACAAGAAAUGUGAUGUAGAUAUGGAUUGGGAGCCAGCUACAUCUGCACCAGUGAGCAAGUGGCCACAUGGAUUGGAGCAGCAGGACAGUUCAUCAGGUGAGGAGCUUCCUUUUCCACAGAACAGCAGGAGACCAAGAGGUAGAGGACAAGGUAGUGGAAAAGGGAGAGGCGUAGAGCAGCAGGACAGUUCAUCAGGUGAGGAGCCUCAUCUUCCAACUCCCCAGAACAGCAGGAGACAAAGAGGUAGAGGACGAGGAAAAGGGAGAGGCUGCAGUCAAGCCAGAUCAACCAGCCCAUCUGAAGAGAGGUGGAAUGAUGUUGACGUUCCAGACAUCACACCACCACAGCCCACCUUCAGACCCAGAAAUGUCCCAGGACCCCAGCUCAUACGUACUGCUACGUACACAGCCCUCCAGUUGUUUCAACUAUUUUUUACCAACUCUGUUUUGAAGACAAUACUUCAAAACACCAACAACUGUGGAUCAACACACCAUUCAACACCCUCUAUCCCGUGGAUUGAUCUGACAUUGCAGGACAUGUUUGCAUUCAUGUCUUUAGUUGUUUACAUGGGUGUAGUCAAAUGCUUUUCUUUCACUGAUUACUGGCGUGGGGGUCAUCUUUAUAGCUUGCCGUUCCCGAGACGGGUAAUGACUGGUAAAAAGUUCCUCAGGAUCUCCCAGUCCCUUCACCUCAGCAGCUCUGUGGGGGAUGCUGCUAAUGAUGAAAGGAGAGGCACAGGAGCCUACGACCGCCUGGGUAAGAUAAAGCCGCUCUACGAGGAGAUGAGGGACUCCUGUAGAAGAAACUAUCACCCUGGCCAGGAAAUCGCCAUUGAUGAGCGAAUGGUUGCUUCAAAAGCCCGCACUGGUCUGAAACAAUACAUGAAAAACAAGCCUGUUCGCUGGGGUUAUAAACUCUUUGUUCUGGCAGACUCCAGGAACGGUUAUACAUGGGACUUUUUUGUUUAUGAGGGAAAGUGUCAGGGAAACAGUGGUAAGGGACUCAGUUAUGAGGCAGUGAUGGAGCUAAUUGAUGUACAGUUGCUGGGCACUGGCUAUAAGGUCUUUGUGGACAAUUUUUAUACAAGUCCAAUCCUGUUUCGUGACCUCCUUCUUAAGAGGAUCUGGGCAUGCGGAACCAUCCGCACAAACAGAAUCGGAUUCCCAAGGUCAAAGGUCAACAUUCUGGUCUCAAAAUCUCCCCGUGGCAGCAUACGCUGGAUCAGGAAUGGCUCCUUGCUCUUUGUUCAGUGGCGAGACACAAGGGAUGUUUUUCUGUGCUCAACUCUCCACAGGGCCCACGCAGAGGACACAGUGCAGAGGAGGAUCAAAGGUGCAGAUGGGCAGUGGCAGCUGAAGGACGUCUCAGUUCCACCAGUGGUGAAGGACUACAACCGGUGCAUGGGUGGAGUGGACCACUCAGAUGCCCUCAUAGGGUAUUACAAAGUCCUGCAAAAGACCCAACGGUGGUACAAGACUCUGUUUUACCACUUCAUGGACAUCGCAAUUGUGAACGCCUUCCUCCUCCAGAAGGACCUUGCAAUUGGCAAAGGAGAGGUACCUCUGCAUCAGAAGGCAUUCAGAGAGACGCUUGCAGUGGAGCUGGCAGAGGCGGGGUCUUCCUCCACAGCCACACCCGAACCACCUCCUGCUCCACGUGGAGCACAUCACAGGCCAGUGUAUAUCAGUGGGCACAGCACUGCUGGUCGGCUUAAGUGCAGGCAGUGUCAUGCAAAGACACCAGUGAAGUGCUCCACCUGCGAUAUUCCUUUGUGUUUUGUCGCUGGCCGUGACUGUUAUAAUGACUGGCAUGUUGCCAGUAACCUGUAAUUGUAAAUACUAGUACAGUGGCUGUUGAAAAUGUGCCUGCAGCACAUAUCUGCGUUCAUCAACCACCAGAUGCGGACCGUGUGUGUCUGUGUGCGCGCAAAGAGAGAAGGAGAGAUUGUGCUGUCUUAUGUCAUAUGAUCAUUAACUAAUUUAA